AUGCCUACACCAAGCACCGAAAUUAUUUAUGAUAAGAGCGGAAAUGAUAUUACCGAAUAUUAUGAUUCGCCUCAAGAAUUGGACGCUAAAAUUGAGCAGUUAGCGAAAUUGAUUCAUUCAUCGAAACAUAUUGUGUUUUAUACGGGAGCUGGAAUUAGUACUUCAGCAGGAAUUAGUGAUUUCAGAGGACCCAAGGGAGUUUGGACCUUAAAAGAAAAAGGACUUAAAACUACACGAACAGCAUCAUACCUCAAUGUACCUACUCCAACUCAUAUGGCCAUUUCUUACAUGUACAAUCAAAAAAAGAUCCAAUAUGUGACAUCACAAAACACGGAUGGACUUCAUGUUAAGAGUGGUAUUAAGAGAAGUGAUAUGAGCGAGCUCCAUGAUUCCAUUAUCAAUUUUGGAGAGAACCUUCCUGUCGACCAACUCGAGAGAGCAGAGCUUAAUGCUCGAAAGGCAGAUCUGGCCAUUGUCAUGGGUACAAGUCUUCGUGUUUCUCCUGCAUGUGAUUUGCCUCAAAAAUGUAAGAAGAAUCAUGGCAAGUUGGUCAUUGUGAAUUUACAAUACACACCCAAAGACAAGUAUGCAGACAUUCGGAUUUUUGCCAAGACUGAUACAGUGAUUAACAAACUCAUGGAAAAAUUAGGGUACACAAUUCCACCCUAUAUUUUAAAUUGUGAAUAUACUUUACAAGCGGUUGAGAAGAGCUCUGGAAAGUCGAGAAAAAUCAAUGUAGUCCUUUCCUCUCCUCAAGCAGGUGCAAACUUGCUCUCUUCCACAAUGUGGAGUGUCACUCUUGAAAACGGAAAGGUUAUGGAGUAUAAUGAUGUUUCUCAAUUAAUGGACUUGCCAAACGAUGUUCGGAAAGUGACUGUAUUGCUGACCUUUAGAUUACAGCCAAAGGAAGGAGUGGAAGCUGAAACUGUUAUUGAGUUGGACAUUCCUCAUCAAGGAGCAAACACUUCAAAAACAUUUCACAUUUCUGUGAACACCAAUACGAAUGAUGUCACUUGUAAAUAA